AUGGAUUCUCGACCCACAGAUUAUAGAGCGGAUGGAGUAGCUGAAUUCUUUGAACGUCCAAAACAAAUCCCGUUGUUUCUGCUUGAAGUUUCUGGAGGCCCUGGUGAUCCGGAUCCCGAUAAGUUCAAAACCGAUAGGCACAAAUUAAUGAGUGAAGGCGUCUUCGCUCUUAACAAAUUUAUGACGAAAACAGAACUUCCAACAUGGAACGUUUGUAAAACAUUGGGAAUUUUCCUUGCUCAGGCAUUUGCUCGAGAUCGGUCAGAUUAUUUAUAUUGGUCCAGGAUUAUACCAUUUACGAUACCUAAUCUAAUUAUUCCAACUUCCGCUACUAAUUUGGAACACGUGCCUCGAAUAAUUCGAACAUUAUUAUGUUUGCGAUAUAAUGUUGUCAAGAAGAUUGAAAAAUUCAAGAAAUUCGAAAGAAGUGGACAACGUCGUAUCAUGAAACCCAUAACUAAAUAUGCUACCGGGGUUUCACCAGGCCGGCUUAGAACUGUAACUUUUGCUGAAUUUUUACCUAAAGAGACAUCUAGUGAUCCGGCCUCUCAACAAUUUCCAGCGCUAUAA